UAUGUGGUUUUGUUCUUUUUCAAGCAGGUGGAAGAUGCUGAGUGAGAGUGAGGAGGAGACAAUUCUUCAGGAAUGUCCCAAAGAGGAGUUGUUAUCAGAAAGAUGUGAUGCAAAUUUUUCCCAGAAUCUGGAUCAGGAAGAAGACUGUUUGAGUCAAUGUGAGCUUGAAAUGCAGCCACAAAAGAGGCAGUGUAAAACCUCCCAACGUGAAGAAACUGCCAUUGAUCUCAGUAAGACAGCCAUACAAAAGCCCAUCCUUAAAACAAGAAAAACGUACAAGUGUCCUGAUUGUGGGAAGUGUUUCAAGCGCUGCUCACCCCUCAUAAGACACAGACGAACCCAUACAGGAGAGAAGCCCUAUGUCUGCCGAGUGUGUUUGAAAUGCUUCAGUGAUGGUUCUGCCCUCGUGAAGCACCGGAGAAUCCAUGCAGGGGAGAAACCUUACAGCUGCCCUGAAUGUGGGAAGAGUUUCUCUCAGAGUUCGACCCUUAUUGCCCAUCAGAGAACUCACACUGGAGAAAAGCCCUAUAAAUGCCCUGUUUGCGGGAAGAACUUCAGUGUCAGCUCAAACCUUGUAGCUCAUCGAAGGAUCCACACAGGAGAGAAACCUUAUGAAUGUUCUGUCUGUGAGAAAAGUUUUCUGGUCAGCUCCCACCUUGUCAGGCACCAGAGAAUCCAUACAGCUGAGAAACCAUAUAUUUGUCGGGAGUGUGGUGAGUGCUUCACCCAGAGUUCUCACCUGGUUGUCCAUAAGAGAAUCCACACUGGGGAGAAACCUUAUUUGUGUGCUGUAUGUGGGAAGAACUAUCGUGGGAUCUCAGAUUUCAUAUUGCAUGAGAGAAUUCACACAGGUGAGAAACCAUACACCUGUUUGGAGUGUGGGAAAAGCUUCCGCCAAAGCUCCUGUCUUACCAAACACCAGAGAAUCCAUACAGGAGAGAAGCCGUACGAGUGCCACACAUGUGGGAAGAGCUUCAAUCGGAAUUCACAUCUUACUCGGCACCAGAAAAUCCACACAGAAGAAAGAAAUACCAGGCAGACACUUGUCAAAUAAAUAGCUCUCUGUUUGAAAAUGAGAUUCACUUUUGCCAUUGCCAUACAGUGGAGUGGUCACUCUUGUCAUCUAUCAUUGUAACCUUUGUAACUACUGCCUUGCAACACAGAUGCACCUAAAAGAUUAAAAGAUUUAUCGGGAAUGGGUUCCACUCCUGUACUGUUA